GGCCCAACCCCAAAGGUAUGACACCAUGUGCUCAGACAAUCCAGACACCAUCAUAAUCCAGACCGAGGGCGUCAACAAGAUCUCAAGUCUAGUUCUUGAAGAAGGGGCUGAGUCGGGCACCGUCGAGAUCGAAGCAGGCGUAACGUUCCUGCAACUCGCGGAGUGGCUGCAUGAACGCAAUGCCUCGAUGGGUUACACAUUAGUUAAUUGGAAUAUCACCAUGGCCGGUGCGGUGGCCAUGGGCGGUCACCGGUCUUCAAUUAGAGAAGAUUCGAUGGUUGCCGCUGGUGUCUUGUCGCUGGACAUUGUUAACGGCAACGGCGAACUCGUUACGGUCGAGCGGGACAAUGAUAACGACGAUUGGCUCGCCGCUUCGACUUCUCUAGGACUCCUGGGAGUCAUUGCUCGGAUGAAGUUUAAGGUUUACCCGGACUUCAAAGUCUUUGCACAGCAAGAGAUCUUGAGUGAGGAUGAAGUCUUGGAAGGAGAUAUAUACGGCUUGAUUGCGCCAUAUGCCACAGCUAAUCUCUGGUGGUGGCCGUAUCUGAAGAAAUUUCACUGGCGGUACUAUGACCAGAUCCCCUUGACACUCAGCAACCAAGAAGGCUUUCAGAACACGUUCUCCCUCACGGAUCUCGAGGCGGGCAUAGCCAAGACGACCCUCGAGAGCGGCAAGUUCCUACCUUCGUCGAACUGGUUUUUUGAGACGACUGCAUUCACGCUGUGGUCCGCGCCGAAUUUUAGAGAAAAGACGACAUGGAAGAGUAUCACGAAAUGGCCCGUGUAUGGAUGGAACUACGACGUUUUGAUCGGGGGCCUGUACCCGGAUCAGAAGCCGGAGUGGGAACUGGGAUUGCACGGCUACACGCUCGAGCUUGCUUUCCCAGUCGUCAUGGCAAACCAGGUGUUGAAGCGGGUGCGCGAGGCCUUCGAUGCUGAGGCGAGCAAAGGGAGGAUUAUGGCGUCGACAUACCGUAGUGGCAUCAACAUCAAAUUUGGCAAGGCAUACUUUGAUUUUCUCGGUCAAGUAACCUACGAUACCUUCGAUGGGGCAGACUGGACAAAGGGCGCCAUUAUGUUCGAUUUCCCUAGUUUCCACCCCACGAUCGGCGACGGCAAGCGAUAUAAUGAGCAGUUUUACAUCAACCUAGCAACGACACUCCUCGAUGAGUUCCCCGCGCGGCCACACUGGACAAAGAACACGCGCGAGGUCUUCGGCAAUGCCACACAAAAUCUCGAUCCAGAUCAUCUCGCUAGAUUCAAAGCCGUACGUGAGAAGUUCGAUCCCAAAGGGACUUUCAAGUCUAUAAUCGGCGAGAUUCUCGGCUUAUAUGACUAGACGAGCUCAUAGCUUAGUCAUAUGUAAGUCACGGCGAGAAAUAAGCAAGAAUAAGUAUAUAGUUUACGAAGUACCGUAGGCUAGUUGUUGCGAUCCCGAGUUGGUGAGAUUGAAUGAAGUACGGCGCGGCUGUUUGACUGUUUACCAAGGAGUGGGACCGCAAAGCCACUUGAUAAGUGCCUGCAGGAGCUGAUGAAGGUCGUGGCAACGCCACUGUCGCAUGUUGUUGUUAGGAAAUAAGCGCUAGUCUCCCAACUGACUUGGACCUUUGGGGGCGAUAUGGGAACGCUCUACUUCGUAGACAGAAGUAAAUGCAUGAAAGGGGCACUGUAGCUUGGCUUCGUGUGUGAUUGGAUGGUGCUCAUACUAUGUACGGUUACUAGUAGUUCAAUAAGCACUUAAAAUGUCAGACGGCGAAC